UGAGGAGGACAUAAAGCAUCCCCCCACCUCCGCCUAAUGGGGUGCCUGCCCGCAGCCUCUGCCCUCAGCUCGCUGCCUGCUCGGGGGUGGGGGGGGCCCAGCCCGGUCAUGAGCGCCCACCUGGCCAUGCCGCCCUACCUGCCCUACCCCGGCGCGGUCAGGUACGGGGACUACUUCUGGCCCUCCCCGGGGAGCGCGGACGCCGUGCCCGCCGGAGAGGCCCCGCCGGCGGACGCCCUGCCCUUCCCCGCGGCGGAGAAGGCGCCCAGCCAGCCAGAUGUCUCUCCGGCUUCCUCCAGCUCUGGGACACUCAUCCAGUACACUCCCGACUCUGCCACUAGCCCCACCGCAGAGCGCCCAUCUCCCCAUCCUUCUUUCCAGAAGGUCAAGGAGGAAGGCGAGGGUGUGGUGAGGAAGGCCAAGAGCCGCACAGCCUUCUCCCAAGAGCAGCUGCAAAUCCUACACCAGCGAUUCCAGAGCCAGAAGUACCUCAGCCCCCAGCAGAUCCGGGAGCUGGCUGCUGCCCUGGGGCUCACCUACAAGCAGGUGAAAACAUGGUUUCAGAAUCAACGGAUGAAGUUUAAACGUUGCCAGAAGGAGAGCCAGUGGGUGGAUAAGGGGGUGUAUCUACCACAGAAUGGGUUUCAUCAGACUGCGUACCUGGAUAUAACCUCCACGUUUCACCAGGGCUUCCCUGUUGGUGCCAGCAGAAACCUUCAGGCUGUGACCAACAUGCACCAGCCUUACGGCAGCGGCCAGACUUACGGGAGUGGGCAGAGCCUGUACUCGUUCAUGGCUGUGGAGGAUGAGGGGUUCUUUGGAAAAGGUGGGACAAGCUACAAUACCCAGCAGGCCAUGGGUUUAUUAAGCCAGCAGAUGAACUUCUAUCACGGCUACCCUGCCGACAUGGAUUAUGUCAACCUGGAGUCAGAAGACACCUACAGCUUUCAGAGCACCUCUGACAGUGCCAUGCUGUUCUCAAGCUCUCCUGUACGGCACCAGUACCAGGCCCCCUGGCAUCCCCUGGGUGGCUAUGACUCUUAGGUCUGAAGUAUUUUUUUUUUCUUCCUUCUGUUUUCUCUCAUGGGGUUUCUAGGGUCUUGACUCAGGGAUCCAGUUUCUAUUCCUUUCCCUUGCCCUUCCUCCCCAUCUCCUGUUUUAACCGUUGGUGGGGCUCAGUACCCUGCUGCCUUGAGCUAGUUUUCUGUUUAAAGGCACCUGCUGUCUGUUCACAGCUAACCCUUGGCAGGGGUGGUUUGUGUGUGGAUAGACUAAACUUAAUUCAUGGAGAGGAAUGUGCAAUGCCACAGCCAGGAGCAGCAGGGGUGGUAAAGGUCUGUAUUUGCUAUCCCAAGUCCGCUGCCUCUAUAGCAGGUGAUUUCUAAUCCCUGCCUUUGUGUGUCUUGCAGCAGACCUUUGCUGGAGAAGAAAAGUCUGUACUUCAGCAUAAUUCUGCUAGAAAUACCCUGUUGUAGUCCAGAACCUUUCCUGCUGUCUUGCUUACUUUUGCUACCUCAGUUAGCUAAUUGCUAACUCUUCAUCUGCAUUGUCUCCUCCCUCACUGAAAAGCUAUGUGAGAUCAUCAGAUUUCAGAUGACUUGAUCCAGUUACUUUCAGCAACUCCUCCUGGAGGGGUCAGCGCCCGUCUGCCCCAUGCCUGUGGUCCUCCUGAGUACACAGGGCAGUUCAGAGGGGAGAAAGUGCAGUAGAGUAUUGUCCAUAUCUUACAUGGAAACUUCAGUUUCCAAAGCUGCUAACCUACCUUGUGCCUCUUGGCUCAUUCAGGAUGGUGUCUCUGGAACUGUCUCCACGCAGUUUAGAUCUUGCCUUUCUACAUCUAUCUGCCGAGAGACUGUUUGCUUGUCCCAACCUGUGAGUUGCAGCAGAGGGUAGCCCAGGGUGCCACUGUUGGAAGUGUGAGGAGUGUCUGCGUGUAGUCAUCUUUGGAGUGGUGAGAACAGUCUGCUUAUCCAUACGUGAUGGUCCCAUAGCACUUCACAAACACAGCACUGCUACAGUGCAGCUUUCUCUGGGGUAGAAGCACACAGCUAAGUAAAGGACUUUGUUAUUUUACAGGUGAUGUUUAAAGUCACUUAUCCUGGAACCUGGAUGUUGCAAGUGGGGAGUCCUGGUGGGUCCCAGCGGAAUUGUCAUAAGGGCCUAGAGCAGGAUGGUUCCCCACGCUUGUCUAAUCUCAGUGUUAAGAGUGUAAACUCGUAGGAUUUUGGUCCCUUCCCCAGGGCCUUGUUGAAUCUCUUGUUAUUCUGCUGAAAAGGGCACUGGGUGCCUCAUCUGACAUAAGUACCCAAGCUCUAGGGGAGGAGAAAGUUUGGAGAAACCUAGUUCGAUAAAAUGAGGAAAAUACUAAUUAAAGCUUUCCAUUUCAUUUUUUAAAAUAAUUGAAUCAUCCUUUCCAGUAUGGAGAAACCAAAAGUCAGUUCCAAUUUAUGUGAAGUUUAUCUUUUUACAAGAUGUGGAAUUGCAGAGUCUGGUCUGCCACUGUCCAAGAAUACAAAAUGGCGUGAGCCGGCAAGAGUAAAUGGGAUGGUAAAAGCAUAAAUAUUUCUGUGGUUAGUGCACAAUUUUUACUGCAGU